ACUCUGUGCAGUGUGUGAUUUUUCAAUAUAAAUAUUUCCCAUUUUGUUUGUGAUGAAAUUGUCAUAAUAGAACUACAGUAAAUACGGGCAAUUAUCUUUAAUAAAAUCAGAAAGAAGAGUUUCUGUUCAUUUUGAAGUGUGGCGUUAGAAAUGGCGUUAACCAAUGUACUUUUGUUGAGUCAGAUAGCGGCCUAUGUGAUCGGGUUCAUCCUGUCUCUUUGUAUUAUCGUACCUUUGAGUAUGCACCAGGACGAGUUCAGCGGUCACUGCCUGCUGUUUUGCGACAUGUCAUGUGGUUGGAAUAUAUCUUUAUCUUUAUAUGUCUGCCUGGUGCAAAUGUACAGAUUGUCAAGAUUCAUGUACAAGGGCCUGGACAGCUCGUUCCUGUCGGCGUUCAUAGAGGCGGUGGGCUGCGUGAUGCUGUGCGGGCUGACCGUCUCCGCCGCCGUGAUGGUCACCCUCGGCUUCAUGACCUGGUGCCAGAACAUUGUGGAGCGGUUCCCAAGUUGCGAGGACGCUGCCGGUCAAAAUAUAGACAGCAAGGACAAUAUCUCCACUAAUGGAUUCUAUGUAGAAAUUGGGACAGCACAGUUCGGAGUGUGGGGCGCAUUCGCGACGUGGGUGGGCCUGGCGGUGUUCUCGACGCUGAAGGUGUGCCGCUACCACCAGCUCGAGAACAUCCAGGUGUCCAUGUACCGCGAGCGGCAGCGGCUCGUCAACGAGAACGAGGCCCCGCCCGCAGCCGCCCACGGAGACCUGGAGCCCGAGGGGCGCUCCACGCCGCCGCUGCGAGCCUCCUAGACGCUCAUUGUGCUGAUCUGGUGAAACUUUAUUGAAUCGGGGUCCGGAGCUCUGGCAGUGGCGUCGAUAACUGCAGAAUGAAUGUGAUAUUACUUAAUCCCAUAAUUAUAAGUUUUCACUUUUUAAAUGCCAUCUCAUUUUGCAAGGCAACAGUUUUGAAGCCAAUGUGAUUGUUAAUGAAAUAAUAGACAGCCUCGGUGGUCUAGUGGUUUAGCACACCGCUUUACUAUCCGAUGGUCGUGGGUUCGAUUCCUCGCACGGUACAAACAUUUGUAUUCAUGAGUAUGUAUUGUAUAGGUCUGGGUGUUUUCUAUGUAUAAUAUCUAUUUAUUUACAAAUAAAAAUGUAUCCAUGUAUUUAAAUCGGUUGUCUAGUAUCCAUAACUCAAGCUCUGCUUAGCUUGGGACUAGAUGGCGCUGUGUGAAUUGUCCUGAGAUAUUAUAAUUACUGAAUGUAACUUAAUUUUCAACACCGAAAACCGAUGACUUAAAAUGGAUUUAAUAUCAUCGGUUUUUCGGCACAUAAAACACGUGCUUCAUUAUCAUUACAUAUUAUAAAGUCGCUGUCGCUGUCUGUGUGUGCUUAAAUCUUCAAAACUACGCAACGGCUUUUUAAACUGUUUUUUU